CCCCGCGCCGCCGUCCCCGAGCCCCGCCGUCGGCUCGGGCUGAAAAGUUUCUCCAUGCUGCCUUUGUGUCGCCCGAGCGCCCGCGCCCUGCCCGGCAGGAGGCGGCAUCGGAGCAGCUAGUGGGCGCAGGCGGCCCCCUGCGCGAGCCUCCGCCGGGCGCCCAGGGCUGGCCUCGCGCGCCGCGACUUCACCAUGAUCGCCACCGGCGGCCUGCUGAGGAUUUCCGCCCGGAAGCAGGACCCCCUGCGCCCCCCGGGCCAGGCGCCCAAGCGGAAGCGUAAAGCCAAAAAGAGGCGCAAGAACGACGUGGUGGUAGUGAAAGGCAAGCUGAAGCUCUGCUCUGUCUCUGGGCUCAUCGCCCUGUGCGGGAUCCUGGUGCUGCUGGUGGGCAUCGCCCUGGCUGUGGUGGGCUACUGGCCCAAAGCCAGCGGGGCCUCCAGGGAGGGGAGCAGACCGCUGCCCCUCGCGGGCACCGGCCACAGAGCCCCUGCCAACAACAGCAGCCGGGUCGCGUCACGGAGUCCCCCAGGGGGCGCCUCCUCUAGCCCGGUGGGCGUGCCCCGCAGCACGCGCGCGCCUGGCGGGUCCUCGCCUGCUCCAGUGGGUUUCUUCUUCCGAGUGUUCUCGGGCUACCUGCACUCCGACAAGCUCAAGGUCUUCGGGCCGCUCGUCAUGGGCAUCGGUAUCUUCCUCUUCAUCUGCGCCAACGCAGUGCUGCACGAGAACCGCGACAAGAAGACCAAGAUCAUCAACCUGCGGGACCUCUACUCCACCGUCAUCGACGUACACAGCCUGCGCGCCAAGGACCCAGCCGCUGCCGCCGCCGCCACGCCCGCGCCCCCAGGGCCCGUUCCCCUCAAUGGCUUUUUGGGCCGCGUGCAGCCGCGCGGCCUGGAGCGGACGCCAAGUGCGGGCGACGCCUUCGGUGCAGCGACUCUGCUGGCCCGCGGCGCGUGGCGCCCCCGUGCGGCGUCCCCGCCGGACCUGGCCUCGUCCCCGCGCUGCCCGCCGGAGCCCCCGAGCCUGGCAGAGGCGGUGUACAGCAUCUGGCGGGAGCGUGCCAGUGUGGCCGGCCGUCGCCGUACCGCGGAGACCCCAGUCGCCAGCGGCUGCAGCAGCCCGGCGCCCUGCAGCCCGCCUGGCAGCUGGGGGCGCCCGAGCACCGCUAGCUCUCUCGUGGGCUCCUCACUGAGCGCCUUUGCGCUGCUGCCCUUGCCCGGGGACCGCGAACAGGAUGGGGACGCAGAGGGCGCCAGCUGCAGCUGGCGGAGGGCGCCCGGGGAGCGUGGUUCCGGGGAGCUCCCGCGGGGCAGCGCGCUUGACUUAAGCCUCACCGACCUCCGCGGCGCCGAGGGUGGCGCGCCCUGGCAGCAAGGUGCGCUGGCUGAGGCCGAGGGCGUGGAUACCGCAAGCACAGCGGAGCCCCAGGGCGGCCACCCGCCCAGGACCGGCAGGUAUGCAGCCUUGCGGCGCCGCAGCACAAGCGGGCUCCCAGACUGCUGCGCCCCGCCGUCGCCGGAGCCACAGCCCUGCCAGCGGGGCUCAGAGCCCGGCUCCACCCAUCGGGACUCGGCCGCCACCCCCUCGCCUCCCUUGCGCGGGGAGGAAUCGCCCUGCGCCAGCAGACGGGGCUCGCGGAGCUCGCCGUCGGACGACCAUUCCAGCGGCAGCAACAAGAGCUACACCCUCCUGCGGGAGACCGGCACCUCCGUGGAGUUGGUAGUGGACUCAGUGACCAGUAACAGGCAAGACGGUGCGGCUGCCUCCGAGGUGGGGGCCGAGCAGAGCCCCUCGGGGGAUCCCAGCCAAGAGCCACCCCCCGCCGCACCAUCCCAGCGGGUGCAGAGGCAGUUUACAAACAAGGAGAAACUCUUCAUGAUUUCCCGGUCUAGAGCUGUGGGGGUAGAAGAAGGAGAAGAAAGCACUGGCGACUAGGGACGGGGAGCCAGAGCGAAGGAGGGAGGGCAUGGGCCGUCGCCCACUCCAGUGAGCAGUCAGUGCUUCAGCGGCCCUUGACUCCCUUGCGGACUGAUCUGGGAAAUCAUUCCAUAUCCAAAGAGCUGCAGAAUGUGAUCCUUGAGUCCUGCGCAAGAUUUCUGUAGAUAACUCCAAGCAAAAGUUUUUUUGUUUUUUGUUUUAAAGCAGUCUAGUCUUUAUGUCCGAUGGUGAUUGUAUGGCCCACGAAAACCAAAUGCAUUAGAAAGGUCAGCGAUCUAGCUUGUUAGAUAAAAAUCUCUUCAUUUUCUUAGGCUCAAAAUAAUAUAUUUUUGACAGGAACUGUGCACUUUACUGGAAUCUUUUAUGGAGAUCCCUAAAUUUCCUGACCCCUAUAUUCUGCCUCUAGUUUCCUCUGUAGCUGCUUGUGAAUGACAAGCUUUUCUUCUCUUCCCUUUGCGGAGCGCAGAAGCCCAGCUCUCUCUGAAUUGAUCUUUCUAAACGAAGUCGAAGCCAAAAGCACGAGUCAUGCAGGAAGAGCGCACCCCUUGCCUUGCGCGCUCUGUUCAGGUGCUCCCUGACUAAGGGGCCUUUUAUGUUUUCAAAGGGGUAUUUGCGUUGUACUCCUUGGGUCUGGUGUCCAGAGUGGACGGCGCAGGAGCUGCUGGAUGGUGACGUUCCCGAGCUCACCACACAAACCACACCAUGCUUUACCGAGUAUUAUCACACCUGUACUGAAAGCAGCAUUUAAAAUUCUUUUA